GUCCAUUCUCCACAACUUACACUCAGCGCCUUGUAAUGUCCUCUCCCCAUUCUCCUCAUUCAAGAACCAACAGUGUCUAUCUCGAUGCUCCAGAGAUUCCCAUCGAAAGCCUUGACGAGGACCCAUCAGCCUUAGUCGAAGCCUCUGUCCUAACAACCACAUCCCAACUUGAACGAACCCCAGAGCCGAACGAGGACGACCACGAAGACGAGGAUGAAGAGGACGACAGCGACGAAGACCUGAGUAUUGGCUCGGGUGAUGAAAUUGAAGAGUCAACAGAAGCUGAAUACAGUCAGCGCGGUCGAUCCCCUGUCUCGCCUGUAACUCAUAACCACAACCAGGAAGAGGAAGCGGACGAGGACCAGGACGAGGACGAGGAAUUUAUCUUGCAGGUCGAUCCUACCACUGGGAUGCAAAGAGCAACAUCUAUUACUCGCAACAGCGGCCGGUCCCGCUCUUCGUCACUCACACAGCGACUCAGACGACAGCAUCGACGAAUGAACUCCUCCACCCGAUCUGGCGGGGCAGCACGUUCAGGCACGUCCCGAUUUGCUGAUUCAGGAUCCAGUGUAUUCACAGCGGCCUCAACGACUUCUACUUCGGCUAGAGCAGCCGUCGUACCAGUGGUGGAUGAGAAGGCUCAAAGCGAAUUGAGGAGAAAGAUUAUGGAUAUCCAACGGGACCCUACUAUCCGCUUCGCAGAAAAGGCAGCAAUGAUCCAGAAACUCAUGUGGCGUGGCUCUCAAAAGGCUUCAGAACACCAGACCACAGACAGAACAGACGAAACGACUGAAGACGACUUGAAAACGACAUACAAUAAUGAAGAACAGGGUGUUCUGGGCUGCAAGCACUACAAACGAGGGUGCAAAUUGAAGGCAAACUGCUGCGGCAAAUGGUUCAACUGCAGGUUUUGCCACGAUGAUGUGUGUAAUCAUGCCAUCGUCAGGAAUGAGACAAAGACAAUGCUCUGUAUGCAUUGUAAGGCUAUUCAACCAGCAGCCCAAUCGUGUUCUUCAUGCAAUGCCCAGCUGGCUCGUUAUUACUGCGACAUCUGUAAGUUGUGGGACGAUGAUCCCAUAAAGUCCAUUUACCACUGCGCAGAUUGUGGAAUCUGCAGGCUCGGCAACGGACUUGACCAGGACUUCUUCCACUGCAAAAAGUGCAACAUCUGCAUGAAUAUUCAACUCAAGGAUAACCACAAGUGCAUCGAGCGUAAUCUAGAAUGUGAUUGUCCCAUUUGUGGAGAGUACAUGUUCACCAGCACAACGACGGUCAUCUUUAUGCCUUGCGGACACUGCAUCCAUGCAAAGUGCCACGAAGAGUACGUUAAAACCUCAUACCAAUGUCCGACAUGCUGGAAGGCCCUGGGCGAUAUGUCCGUCUACUACGGAAAGAUCGACUCUCUCCUGGCGGAACAAACCAUGCCGCCAGAGUACGCCAACAUCUUUUCGAUCGUCCUCUGUAACGACUGUGAGGUGAAAUCCGAGGCUCCUUAUCACUUUCUCUACCAUAAAUGUGACAAGUGUAAAGGGUACAACACCAAGGUCCUGGAAACGUUCAAGAGAGUUUCGGAAGGUCAAGUCCAGGUGGUUGAAAAUGCGACAGCAGCAGGCGCUGCGGGCACCGUGCCAGAGAACAACAUAUCCGGAGGAAGUAGCGCUGUUGCGGGAUCGUCUUCCUCUAUUACUGCUGGACCUUCAUCCUCAGGAAAUAAUACUACAUCGACCAUGACGACAACUGCCAUCCACUUGCCUACCGCUCCUCGGUCACCGCUUCUGGAUGGGAAUGCAUCAGGGGACAUGACUUUUGGAGGCAUGUCCGGUUCCUCUGGCAACUCCGCGCCUUGAAAAUCUUGUCUAGAGGAUGAGUCUAAUGACCUAAUAAAGUGCGCGAACAUUGCAGUAGAUCUAAAUAUACGAAA